AUGUAUUUGUCAAGAUUCCUGUCACUUCACACCCUCUGGGUUACUGUAUCCUCCGUGAUGCAGCACUACCCUUCUGUGUGGGGACACUAUGACGUGUGUAAGACUCAGAUUUACACGGAAGAAGGAAAAGUAUGGGAUUACAUGGCCUGCCAGCCAGAAGCCAGAGACAUGAUCAAAUAUGUAAAAGUGACUCUGGAUCCCCCCGACAUAACAUGUGGAGAUCCUCCCGAGACUUUCUGUGCAAUGGGGAAUCCCUACAUGUGCAAUAAUGAAUGUGAUGCAAGUACCCAAGAACUGGCUCAUCCUCCAGAACUGAUGUUCGAUCUGGAAGGAAGACAUCCCUCCACAUUCUGGCAGUCCACAACUUGGAAGGACUAUCCGAAGCCUCUUCAUGUUAAUAUUACACUCUCCUGGAACAAAACCAUUGAGCUUACAGAUAACAUAGUUAUCACCUUUGAAUCUGGCCGUCCAGACCAAAUGAUCCUGGAGAAAUCACUCGACUAUGGACGAACGUGGCAGCCCUACCAAUACUAUGCCACAGACUGCUUAGAUGCUUUUCACAUGGAUCCAAAAUCAGUGAGGGAUUUAUCACAGCACACAGUCCUAGAAAUCAUUUGCACAGAGGAAUACUCUACUGGGUACAUGACAAAUAGCAAAAUAAUCCACUUUGAAAUCAAAGAUAGAUUUGCUUUUUUUGCUGGACCUCGGCUUCAUAACAUGGCUUCUCUUUAUGGCCAGCUUGACACCACCAAGAAGUUAAGAGAUUUCUUUACCAUCACAGAUCUGAGGAUAAGACUGCUUAGGCCAGCAACUGGUGAAAUAUAUGUAGAUGAGCAACACCUGGCACGCUACUUUUAUGCAAUCUCAGACAUAAGGGUAUAUGGAAGGUGUAAGUGCAACCUUCAUGCUACUGGCUGUAAAGAAGAAAACAAAAGACUACUUUGUGAAUGUGAGCAUAACACAACGGGCCCAGACUGUGGAAAAUGCAAGAAGAAUUAUCAGGGCCGACCGUGGAGCCCUGGUUCUUAUCUGCCUAUACCUAAGGGCACUGCUAAUAUCUGUAUACCCAGUAUUUCCAGUAUUGGUAAUCCUCCAAAGUUUGAUAGGAUAUGGCCGAAUAUUUCUUCCCUUGAGGUUUCUAAACCAAACCAAGUUGCUCCCAAAUUAGCUAUGUCAACUGUUUCUUCUGUUCAAGUUGCAAACCACAAGAGAGACUGUGAAUGCUUCGGGCACUCCAACCGGUGCAGUUACAUCGAGCUGCUCAAUACGGUCAUUUGCGUGAGCUGUAAGCACAACACUAGAGGUCAGCACUGCGAGUUAUGCAGGCUGGGCUACUUCAGAAAUGCUUCUGCAGAGCUGGACGAUGAAAAUGUGUGCAUAGACUGUUAUUGUAACCCUUUUGGUUCAGUCCAUGAUCGCUGUAAUGACAGAGGAUUUUGUGAGUGUAAGGAGGGAACAUCAGGGCCUAAAUGUGAUAAAUGUCUGCCGGGAUAUAUCUGGCACAGCUUGGGCUGUCAACCCAACGUGUGUGACAACGAGCUCCUGCACUGCCAGAACGGCGGAACCUGCAUCAACAACGUGCGCUGCCAGUGCCCGCCGGCCUACACGGGCAUCCUGUGCGAGAAGCUGCGCUGCGAGCGGGAGCCGGGCGGCUGCGGCCGCAGCUCGGCCCCGGGGCGGGCGGCGCCCGGGCUCUGCUGGUUGCCAGCCAUGCCUACGUAA